AUGCCAGGACUUGGCAUUGCGGCUUUAAUACGAAGCUCAAUGGACAGGCUGCUCCAGUACCCGGCCUGGCUACUUUUCCUGCGGCAGCUCUGCCGCGUAGCCUGGGAGGAUGCGGCAUCCUCGAGGUGGGAUGACCGCGCUUGGGCGCGGCGAAGGAGGAGGCUCUUUGAAUGCAGUCGCACUCCGAAAGGCCAAAGCCAUCCUAGUUGUCAGGAGUUUGCCUUCUUUGUUCACAGAAAGAGCAGCGUGGUCCCACAGGACCUGCUGCCAACUGGCGUAGAGCCCGGCAGCCGGUCAGAGGAGGUGCAGGAACAACCUGCCGCCGGCCUUGGCAGCCAGUUCGAUGCGGAUGGAGAGUCAUCUAGAGCAGAUCCUGUCUUCUGUUUCUUGCCAGUUCGACCAGUUGGCUUCCGUUUUUCCGUGCACGCGCCUUGGUCUUUGACAUCCAACCGCGAAGAUUUCCACCUAGAGGAUCCCAGGAAUGUGUGGCUGCGAGGAGUCGCAGCUGAGGCUUUGGCUGAGGCGAUCGGCCGUUUCGGCAGCGAGCCGGGAACAAACGUUCUGGCGUUGUUGGACUCUAGACGCGUCCUGGAGCCAUUCUGGAGACGAUUGCUUGAGCAAGCAGUGGAGAGGAUUGGCGACGCCCCUGUGAUACCUGUGGUUGGGGAGAUGAGGCUUUACAAACCGUCAGAGGUCUUGGUUCCACCCGUUGCAUUGGUGCGCUCUCCUGGUGCAAUGAAGUUCAUCCAUGCUUUGCCCAUGGAAUCCUGGCCAGCAGCUACUGGCAAGCGCUUGGCCCGACUGGCGCACAACCAGGAUGUGGCAGCGGAGGAUGCGCAAAGGCUCCUGUCACUCCGCGCUGAGCCCCUCUCCGCACAGAGUGUGAAGGCUUUGGUCAACAACGAGACAGUCAAAGCUUUGCUUUGCCAGCACUGCAGGUCCAGAAGUCCAUUGGGACUCACCCAAGUCUGUGAAUUAUUGAGCGCUUUGCUGGGCGCUGCGCAGCGCGAGUCAGAGGAAGUGCCCAUGUUCUCGGAUGCUGAGCCCCGAGGACAAGAGAGCCUGCUGGACAUGAUCACGCAGAUUCAGCAGAUGCAGGUGAUACCCUUGGAUGAGGGAUCAGGAGCCAUUUCGAUGACGAGCCUGGCGGAGGGAGACAUCCACCUGCCUGGCUCAGGAACAUGGUGCCCAGGUUUGGAUCAGGCCACCGCAUCUACUUUGCUUGCCCAUGCAAACGUGCGUGUGCUAGACAAUUUGUCCUGGAACGCCUUGCCGAGCAGUGGCCAAAAGCUGCUGCGGCAGCUUGGCAUACGGGAGGCUGUUCUAUCUGAAGUAGCCGCAGCAGUGGUGCGCGUUCAUGCACUCAUCCUGGCGGAAUCCGUGGCCAUUGAUAGCUUUAGCGGCACCUUCGCAAAAGCUACCUGCGAAGGAGGUGAGGAGGCCAUGCACAUGCUAUUUGCAUUGGCCGAGCUCGCUGUGCUCUGGGCUGGCUUGGACGUUGUCCGUGCAGCUUCCCAGCGAGUCGCCUGGCGCGAGAGCAAUGUCUCGACCCAGCUCGAAUUGCUGCUCGCAAGGUUGGUAAAGGUGGCGUUCUUUGAGACACUCGAAAGUAGCGAUGUUCUUAAUUCCAUUUUGGUACGUUCCAGGCUGCCGGCCAGCUACGGCUUCGUCGUUCGAGUUCUCUGCUUCUUCCAACCUUCCUGGGUCCGAUUGCCAGAUGAGCUGCUCCGCCUUUUCGAUCGAAAUGAUCGGGAACACAUGGGCGAGGAGCAAGAUGUCGAGGAGGCCAGCGAGGUGCGCUCACAAAGCAAGAACCACGAUGUCCAGGAAUCUUGGUUCUUGGUUUCCGGGAGCUGGAAGUCAGAGCUCAAGCAUACAAGGCAACAGAGCCCAGGUUUUGACAUCAAGACGUUUGAAAGUGCUCUAGAGCUCCGCACGCCCAGCAUGGUUCCCAGGUGCCCACUGGUCAAUUUUUUAACGCCAGAAAGCCUACUACGAAACGGCGGCUUCGACAGUGCUACCACCGCCACCUGCUGGGCCAAGAGCUUGAAGAACAUGAUGUCCAGUGGCCGGACCAGUGUGGUCAUGGCCUCAGAUCAGGCACCAACACCAGACCACUUGGUUCAGCCUGGAAUCGAGAAUCUUGCGGUCGACCGGGUGGCAGCAACCUGGGCAGCAUUGGAGACAGCCGCACGCGUGUUUCGGGACAAUCAUGGCUGGCUGCCCGACUUGGAGGCACAGAACCUUGAGGAAGCCCAGUCUUUCAACGGCAUGGUGUGGUUUACCAGGUUCCGCCAGCUCCCAAUCAACCAGGUCCCGGCCAUCGUAUCAACACCUACUUCCGGCGUGGGGCCUUUGAGCCAGUGGGCGGUCUCGGAUGUGCUGAGUGAGCACCUCACAGAAUCGCACAUUUUUCUGCAGGCGAAGCUGGAUUGGCUUACGUGGAUCCGCUGCACGCCCGACUUCGAGAAUUUGGCUGUUGCUUUGCGCUUCUGGGUGGAAAAGGAGCCGCCAGCGAUGUGCACGCCCAAAGCACUGGUCAGCGCCUUGCUGCAGCGGGCCAUUGCGGAGAGGCCAGCAGACUCUUUGUUGGCCAUUCUGCGCAACCACAUCUUCAUCCCUGGGAAGGGCAAGAUCGGUGCGCAGCAGGCUGUGUGGUCUGCUGGAGACGCAGAUGUUGACUUUGCUCGUAAGGUUUGUGAACUGGCUGGAACUUCAAUGCUGGAGGAGAUCUACGGACCUUCUCUGCGCUGCUGGUUCUGCGAUUUCCUCUCUGUGCGGGAGUCACCUGGAAUGCUGCAGCUGCUGCCAGCCUUGCAGAGGCUGCUCCCAAGCAACGCCGGGGGCGAAGGGCAGGCAUUGAAGCCUAGCCUGGGCUUCCUCAGACGGCUCUAUGCUGAGAUCAUGUUGCAACUGGAGGAGCACAUUCGUGAUUCAGUGGUGCCUGACAGCCGACUCAAGAGGCGGCGUACGGAGGAGGGUGAGACAGGAGCCAACUCACUAAUCCACACGGUCGAGACACAGUUUCAGUCGCGGAGGUUGAUCAUAUUGCCUCAGACGCGAAAUAGGCCGUGGAAGUUUCUUGCUUCCUCUCAGGCGUACUGGUCGGUUGGCGAGGAGCUGUCUGAACUGCCGUGCAGCCAGUUUGCGCUGAAGAAUUUCUAUGGGGUCCAGGUCAAAGCGCGAAGCGAGGAAUGUGAAGCAGGCAUCGAAAUGAUAGACCUGAAGGAUUUCUUCGUCAAGGUCCUCGGCGUCAAAGAGGUCUUGACCCGUGAGGAGAUCGCUCGACGAUUGCAGCCGCCAGAGAGGCCAUCGCGCCCACAGGUGAGGUCUUCGCAUCCUCAGGCUGCAGAUGCCAACAUGGAUCCUGGAUCCGACAGCGGCAGUGAGGAGCUCGAGGCUGAGGAAGGUCAUGAGGACGACGGCGCUUUGGAUCUGGAGGAUCUUCUUGGUGACGAGGCUGGAGCCCUCAGCAUUUUGCCUCCAGGGACGGCGCGAGGAGGGCGCCGAGGGGAUGCUUCACGAAGGUCGGCACAGGCCCCUCAGGUGCACGACACUGACGUGGAUGCCGCCGCGAUGCGGAGCCACGUGGCCCGCUGCUGCCAGAGAACCCGUUCAGCACAACCAGCUGAGGUGCUCUACUCUGGCCCACGCGCUGCUCAACCGAGGACAGCAACAGAAGAGGUGUCCCUGCGCCGCAUGAGCUGGUCUCACCGGGGCACCAGCCUCUACGUUUGCGGACCUCCAAGCCUCAUGGGCUCGGCAGAGGCCUUGCAGGAGCUCGGCAUCUCCAUAGCAGGGCGCCAGGCCACAGUGCCAAGAGGGAGCUUGCUUCCAUCCGCAGGUCUACAAACACGAUUCGCUGCCUUCGUGGACGCAGUCCUCUUGCCCCUGGCAUCCUUCUUCCAGGUGCCCAUAGCGAGUCUUGCAGCUGCCGUGGGCCCUGGAAUUGGCCGGGGCAGAAACCUGCAUGGGCUGCUCUGCUUCCACCUUCCUGAUGGGGCCGCAGUUACCCGGCACGCUGAUCUCUGUCGAUGGUUCUGCGAAAUGUGCCGUCUUUUGGCGUCCGGUGAAACCGAGGGAGACUUCAGCGCAGCGGAGGUGUCAUCUGCUCUUACCGCAGAGCACAUGCCCAGAUUCCUCCAAUUCCAGGCCUCCCUGAGAAGGCGAAGGUGA